AAGCUAACAAAGCAUACAUACACCUACAUUCCAUUCAAUUCUCUGCAUUUGUUUUCUCCAUUCCCUUUAGUUUCUUGGCUAUAAUCUUGUUAACAUUGGUGUGUUCGGUUGCUACUUGCUAUCAUGAGAAGACACUCCUUUUUGUUGGCUCUGUUGUGUGUCCUAUGUCACGUAGCAUUCUCCUUUAACGACGGACAAGUGGCAAAUGGAAAUUUCGAGCAAGGUCCGAAAGCUUCGGACAUGAAAGGCACGGUGGUGACGAAGCGCGACGCCAUACCGGAGUGGGAGAUCUCCGGCUUAGUUGAGUACAUAAAAUCAGGUCAAAAACAAGGUGACAUGUUGCUAGUAGUGCCAGAGGGUGCACAUGCAGUGAGGCUUGGCAAUGGUGCUUCAAUCAAACAGAGAAUCAAGGUCAUAAAAGGAAAUUACUAUUCCAUAACAUUUGUGGUGGCUCGCACGUGUGCACAAAAUGAGAGACUCAAUGUUUCUGUGGCACCAGAUUGGGUUGUGUUACCUAUGCAAACGUUGUAUAGUAGUGACGGUUGGGAUGCUUAUGCUUGGUCUUUUCAAGCAGAUUACUCUCUUGCUGAGUUGGUUAUUCAUAAUCCAAGAUCAAAGGAAGAGGAUCAAGCUUGUGGACCACUCAUUGAUUCCGUUGCUAUCAAAGCUCUCUACCCUCCUAGGCCAACUAAAAUUAACAUAUUAAAGAACGGUGGAUUUGAAGAAGGACCAUACAUAUUUCCAAACACAUCAUGGGGUGUUCUAAUUCCACCAAACAUUGUAGACCUAAGUGACCACUCUCCCAUACCAGCGUGGAUUGUAGAGUCCUUAAAAGCAGUGAAGUACAUAGAUUCUCAACACUUCUCUGUCCCACAAGGAAACAGAGCAGUGGAGCUUGUAGCUGGAAAAGAAAGUGCCAUUGCACAAGUUGUAAGAACAGUUGUUGGCAGAACCUAUGUCCUUACUUUUGAUGUUGGAGAUGCUGGUGAUUCAUGUGAAGGCCCAAUGGUUGUUGAAGUCUAUGCAGCAAAAGAGAACACAAAAGUGUCUUAUGAAUCAAAGGGUAAAGGUGGCUUCAAACUUGGGUUUCUCAAGUUUAAGGCUAUUAGCACAAGAACUAGAAUUGUGUUCCUCAGCUCCUUCUAUACCAUGAAGAGUGAUUCAUCUUUAUGUGGCCCGGUUAUUGAUGAUGUCAGGUUGAUUAGCGUUCAUAAAUCUUAAAUCCUAAAUUUGAAUAUAUAAUUUAUCAUUUUUAAGUAAAAGAAAGUUUAUUUAAGUGUGUGAUUUUGAGUUUUAAAAUGCAGAGAUAAAUAUAGACAACAUGUAUUAGUUGAAAGAGAAAUAAUAUUUAUAUUAUUUUUGUUUAA